ACAGAUGAAAGUGAAAGUGACAUAAAGAAAAUGGAUGGGCGCUAGUUGUCGGCUCGAUUCCUGUGUUUUUUAAAAAUAAUUUACCUUUCCUAUCUUUAUUUACUAGUUCCUAAACUGCAGCCUGUUAAGUGUGUUUCCCUCUAUUUUACAGUUUUUCUUUCCUGUCAUAUUCAAAACAUCAGGGUGCGAUGCGCGCGCCGAGCGGCGUGGUGCGGUGGUCGCAGAGCGGCGGGGCGCCCCUGACUGACUACGCGGCGGUGUCGCCGGCGCCAGCCGCAUCCCCGCCCCCUCUCCAAUACAUCUACGAUGAACGCAUCAACCAGCGUCUCGCCUUCUGGCAAGGUGAUAUCACAGCUCUAGACGUGGACGCGGUAACGAACACGACAGAUGAGACGCUAUCGGAAUGCAACGCGGUCAGCGAGCGGAUAAUGCACGCCGCGGGACCAGAACUCAAGGAGGAGAUCAUCACCAGAGGACUCGAGUGCGGGACGGGCGAGGUGGUGGUGACGCCAGGCUACCAGCUGCGCAGUCGGCACGUGCUGCACACCGUGUGCCCCAACUACCUGCCGCAGUACCACACCGCCGCUGAGACUUCGCUGCACAACUGCUACAAGAACGUGUUGUCGGCGGCGUGUGAGGUGGGCGCGCGCUCGCUGGCGCUGUGCGUGGUGAGCACGCCGCGCAGGAACUUCCCCCCCGACCUCGCCGCACACGUCGCACUCAGCACAAUCCGGCGCUACCUGGAGACGUCAGCAGUGCCGGGCGUGGUGGUGGUGUGCGCGUGCGGCGUGGAGCUGUCCCCGCUGCGCGCGCUCGCCCCGCUGUACUUCCCGCGCAGUGCGCGCGAGGCGCUCGCCGCCGCCGCACGUCUGCCCCCGCCCCGCGCCGACCUGCACGACCGCCGCAUCCGCAUCAUACACAACCCGCACUCCAACUCCGACAGCGCUGAAGACGAUGCUUCGGCGUGCGACUCUGACGCGGCGGCGGAGGCGGCGGCCGCGUUCGCGCGCGCCUGCGCACCGGACACGCAGCGUCUGCUCGCCCCGCACUCCCCGCACACACCGCACACGCCCCGCCGCAUACACGACCACGAUGAAUACGAGAGGCUGCUGCGUCGUGCUCGCAGUGAGGACCUCAGCGAGAUCUCUGGCAUCGGCUGCCUGUACCAGAGCGGUGUUGACCGGCUCGGACGGCCGGUCGUCGUCUUCAUCGGCAAAUGGUUCCCAAUUGGAGACAUAGAUUUAGAUAAGGCGAUGCUGUACCUCAUCAAGCUGCUGGAGCCGAUAGUCCGCGGCGACUAUGUGAUCGCAUAUUUCCACACGCUCGCCUCCUCCGCCAACCAUCCGCCUUUCUCCUGGCUCAAGGAGGUCUACACAGUACUGCCUUACAAAUACAAAAAGAACUUGAAAGCGUUCUACAUUGUACAUCCCACGUUUUGGACUAAGAUGAUGACGUGGUGGUUCACGACGUUCAUGGCGCCGGCGAUCAAGGCGAAGGUGCACAGCCUGCCCGGUGUCGAGUACCUCUACUCUGUGAUGGCGCGCGACCAGCUCGAGGUGCCCGCCUUCGUCACUGAGUACGAUAUGACUAUAAACGGCCUCCACUACUUCCAGCCUGACACGAGCAGCACGUAGAGGCUGACUGCUGACUGCUGACUGCUUCCUCAAAUACCCACGUAUAUACUGCCUAAUAAAUAAAGAAUAUUUUGUUCAAUAAAUUUUCGCACAGUACAGUCAGCUGCGUAAAUAUUUAUACAUUUACAAAACUAUAGAUUUGUAUAGAUCCUUGUUUUCAAAAAUGUGUAAUUAUAGUCGGAACCAUUCAAAAGGAUGUAUUCAUAUUUUUGAAACCGAAAGUGUAUAUGUAUUUGAAGCUUUGUAAAUGUAUAGAUAUUUAUGCAGCUGACUGUACAAAUUAUUUGGAUGAGGGACUUGUUAUUGGAUUGACUUAACUUGAUACAUUAUAUCCAAUUUAGAAUAGUUUGUUAAAUAAAAAUCAAAAGUUUAAUAGAAAGACAUAUUGAUUAAUGAUUACGAGGAAUGCAGAAAGGCUAAGAAAAUAUUCAAAUAAAGUAAUAUGUAUGUGUUUAUUGAAAAUGUACGAGUAUUUGAAACUGUGUACAAUCAUAUUAUAUAAACUUGUUACAUAUAAUGUAAUUUUGGUUUUGGUCGUGUUUAUAUAGUGUUGUAUGUUCCUGUUGAAAUUUCUGCAUUGUUUAAUGUUACUAUACAUUUUAAGUUUUAUUUUUCUAUAAAAUUCUUGUUGAAAAUCUAAUCUCUUCACUUAUUUCUUCUAUUUAAAUAUAAAUAGAGCAGAAAUUUCAACAGGAAAUAUAGUGAUUGAGGAAGCGUGAGAUUUAGAUAUUAGAGGUGCAUUUUAUAUUGUUAUUUAGCGAUUAAAAUUUAUCCGUAAUAUUAAUGUUCUUAUCUGUAUUGUUACUAGCGACCUCUGUGCUCUUUGUUCAUUCCUGUCAUUACAUACUCUAUGCCAGUAUUCUUAGUCUAUGUAUUUAAUCUGUGGCAGUAUUUAAUCUUUGACAAUGUUUGCUCUAUCUGUAUUAUUGACUUAUUUGGCGCAUUAUCAGAUUACAUUGAAGGGGAAUUUGGAUCAAAUAUUAAUAUUUCCUUGUAAAUUAAUUAGAACAAAUCUUACUGUUGCAAUCCACUCUUAUUUUCAUUUCCACGUCCGAUAUGAUCCUGCGACAGGGUAUAGAUGUAAAAGUUUCCGAUUGUGUGGAUUUUUUAAAUAUAUAUUUUAUUAAACAAUACCAAUUCGUGACUAUAGUGCAUUUAAUGCCAUUUUAUAAUCUUUAUUACUCAAAUAAAUAUAAUAGAAUUAAAGCAAUACAGUUGAAAUUAUAUAAAAUUAUAAACUACAAAAUAAACAUGGUUAUAGAAAUAUUUAGUAGGCAUGUUUUACAAAUAUAAAAACAUUACCCAUUUUUUUUUAAUUUGUUUUGAUUUUUAACGUAUAAUAUUCAUUAGUAUCGUUAAGGUGCUAAAUAUGUUUCGUGAAAGAUGUAUAUUGUUUUAUGACCUCAUUGUAAAUAUAAAUUACAAUUUUAAAGUUAUUGCUACUAUAUGAAAGGCCUACGCAUCAGUUUUGACUAAUUGCCUUUUAAAAUGUCAAAUGAGGUGGGAAAUUUUAACGAAUGUUGCCAUGUACAAAUCGGUUAUUAUGUUUAAAAAUAACAAAGAGAAAUAAAUAUAUAAAAAAAGAAAUCAAUAGAAUACAACAAUUUUAUUACAUCAAUUUAUAAUCAGUCAAAAAUAUAAAACAAAAUAAUUAGCUAUAGGGUUGCCUGUGAAAAUGUUUGUAAUUUAAAUUCAUUAGGAUCGUAGUUUAUAGUAAUUAUAGCAGCUUUUUUUGUAUGUGAGUGUCGCCAGUAAUGCCACCACUGCCACGUCUGCCAUCGCUGCAACCACUGCCACUUGCCUUUCGCUUGCGGCGGCGCGGGAAAGGUAGCGUCAUAGAUUAAACUUCCAAUUUGGUAGAUAUUUUAUAUGGCAACACUUACAUCUAAAUUGUUGAUUAAUGUAAAUAAAAUAUAACUAUUAGCCAAUUAAAAACAAAAGAAUAGUUCCAAAAUAAAAGAGACUACGAUUCCAAUCACAAAUUGAAAUAAAACUACAUAACGUAAUGUUUAGAUUUUGACAGCUAACAAAGGUUAGUAUCGGCAGUUGAUUUAUUUGUACUGUCCGAUUUUUGUUUGGGUUUUUAAUUGGCCAAUAGUUUACUAGCACUUAUUGAAUAGUUUCCUUAAUAUUGUACAUUAAUAUAUGUUCACUCAUCAAUGUGCCACUGAGUAUUUACACCUACGAUAAAUUUAAUAUUUUGAUUGCGAUUCAGUAAUCGCGCGUGUGGAAAUGUUUAACUUUAGGGAGUUUAGAAUUUUAAUGCAAUGUUGUUGUAAGACAUAAGAGUUAACAUUUUUAUUAUAGUUGUAAAAUUAAGUAUUUCUAGUUACUGUUUGUUAAGGCAUUUGCAGUGUGAUUACUAUCAAGUGUUGCCACAAUUUGUUAAAUAUAUUUCGUGUCUAUGGAGCUACAAAUGUAAUUGUU